GUCCCCGUCCCGGUUCCCGAGCCGGCAACGCGCCCUCUUCUCCAGCGCACUCUCUCGGUCUAGAGGUCCCCGAGGAGGCAGCCCCGGGAGGCCUGGGGUCGCGGAGCCCCCAGGCCUAGGCCGCCCUCUGGAGACGGACCCCGACCCGCCGCCGCCGCCGCCCGGUGGAUCCUUAACUCAAGAUUUUAGCAUGAAGAGUUGUUUUCAGGCAUGUCCUGAAUCUCCCCAGGUAACAACAGACUUCUCGGCUGCAGCUGUCCACACAGGAUGUCUCACGUAUACUUGGAACCAUCCUUCAAGAGUUUGGUUGAUAUUUUUUUAGUGUGACGCUAGAGAUUUUGUUGACCACAUUUAAGAAGUUUUUGUUCUUGCUGCUGUUGGGGUUUUUCUUUCUUUCUUUUCACUGGGCCUUCCCUGCUCCAGCUGGCAUGAUGGCCCAGUCCAAAGCCAACGGCUCACACUAUGCACUGACUGCCAUCGGCCUGGGCAUGCUGGUCCUAGGGGUCAUCAUGGCCAUGUGGAACCUGGUGCCGGGGUUCAGUGCCACAGAAAAGCCGACGGGCCAGGGGAACAACAAGACCGAGAUAGGCAGUGGCAUUCUCAAGAGCAAGACCUUCUCUGUGGCCUAUGUGCUGGUUGGGGCCGGGGUGAUGCUGCUGCUGCUCUCCAUCUGCCUGAGCAUCCGGGACAAGAGGAAGCAGCAGCACGGCGAGGAGAUCGCAGGGAUCCAGCCCCAGGCAGGGGCCGUGCCUCGCGUCCAGGAGGAAGACAGCCAGGAGGAGGAAGAGGUCACCUCAAGGUACUACGUUCCCAGUUAUGAGGAAGUGAUGAACAGAGACUACUCUGGAGCAAGGGAAUUGGACCAGAACCCCAGGAUGAGCAUGUCCCUCCCCUCCUACGAGUCCUUGACAGGGCUGGACGAGACGAUGCCCACCACCACUAGGGCAGACGUGGAAACCAGCCCGGGGAACCCGCCCGACAGACAGAACUCCAAGCUGGCCAAACGCCUGAAGCCUCUGAAAGUUCGAAGGAUUAAAUCCGAAAAGCUUCACCUCAAAGACUUUAGGAUCAACCUCCCAGACAAGAACGUGCCUCCUCCCUCCAUCGAGCCCCUGACCCCUCCUCCCCAGUACGACGAGGUCCAGGAGAAGGCCCCAGAUGCCCGGCCACCCGACUGAGUGUCCCCUCAGCCAUUUGCCCUGUGGUCCUCUCACACCCUUGGCACCACAGACUCCACACAAAGCCACUUCAGCCACACUAAGGAGCAGGUGGGCCAGAUGCAAAUUUAACUCUGUGGGUGGGGUGUGGGCAGGGUGGGGGGGUUCUGUGUAUGUGGGUGACUCUGAUGUCCCACAGGACCUUAUCUAGCAGGCAGACUGGGAAGAGAGGUGCCUCUGGAUUCAUGUUUUAUGGAUCAUGUCAAAGGGCUUGUCAUAUGUGUCUUCUCUCUCGUCUUUCCUCAACUCAGAAUUGGUGACAAGAACACUCCUCUUACUGAGUAAGAAAGGACACCCAGCGACUGGUUUAGAUCAUGGUGGGUUUUGUGUUGCUUCCACUAGGACUGUUUUGUUUCCAGAAGAAAACAAGUGCUGCCUUUGCUUUCUUCACUGGAGUCUUCACCUGGGGGAUAGGAAAUAUGACUCAGCUUUGGAGAAAGGGCGUGGGGCGUUUCAUUAAUUGAGCGAAACAGGCGAGAUGAUUGCAAGGGGUGAGGCCCAGGUGGUGGCUCUCUCAUAGCCCACGAAGGUGUUGGUUCUAUGAGGGCCAAGGCCUGAUGAACUUCAGCAAACGAUGAAUAAUAUAAUCAUCCUAAUUGGUACACUUUACAACUCUCCCGUAACCGCAAAGAAGGAAAGCCGUAUGAGAUGUUCUAUUCCUUCUAAAAUGCCGCGCAACUGUGCUUUUCAUAAUAAAAUAUUUUAUAUGUAGUUCAUUUGGGUGUUGAAUUGCUUUAGGAGCUCUUCCAAGACUGACUCCCUUAGGAGAAAUAUCAAUAAUAAAAAUUAAUAUGUAAAACAAAAAACUGAACCCACUGCUGUCGAGUCAUUUCUGACUUAUAGCAACCCCACGUGUUUCAGAGUAGAAUUGCACUCCACAGGGUUUUCAAGUGGCUGCAAUUUUGCGUUAUCGAAGGUGCCGUUGGGCGGCUUCAAACCCCCAACCUUUUGGUUAAUAGCCAAGCACAAACCAUUUGUGCCAUCCCUGUUCUCACUGCCAUCAAGUCGAUCCCAAAUCAUAGUGACUCUAUAGGACAGAGUAGAGCUGCCCCAUAGGGUUUCCAAGGCUAUAAGUCUUUACAGAAGCAGUCUGCCAGUAUUUCUCCCAUGGGUCAUCUGGUAGGUUUGAACCAGCAACCUUUGGGGUAGCAGCCAAGUGCUUAACCAUUGCACCACCAGGACUCCUUGUACCACCCCAAAAAUACCAAAACCAAACCCAUUGCUGUUGAGUCGAUUCCAACUCACAGCGACCCUAUAGGCCAGAGGUAGAACUGCCCCAUACAGUUUCCAAGGAGCACCUGGUGGAUUCAAACUGCCGACCUUUUAGUUAGCAGCUGUAGCUCUUAACCCCUAUGCCACCAGUACUCAACACUUAAUAUGUGCCAGGCACUGAACUAAGUUAUCUUAUUUAAACUCUGCUACAAAAAAAAAAGCCUGGUAUUAUUGAGAUUUUGUAGGUUAGCUUGCUUAGUUUAAUUAAAAUAGCCCGCUAGUAAGUGGCGGAGCUAGAAUUUGAACCCAGGCCAUCCAGCUCCAAGGCCUGAGCAGCUUUGUGUAAAGAGCUGUUCUAGACGUGAAUGAGGACUUCCAUUCGCUGAGACCUGAGACUGGCCCCAGUGACCCAUGUGCCCAACAGAAAGUUUUGGCUGUUUAGACAGCAGCUCUCUACGUGGGCUUUAAACGCAUCUCUUCCUACAUCCCACUCCUGACAACUGGCCCCAGGCAGGGAGCUCACUGACAAGCUAUAUGAGUAUAUGGGGUGGGUGAGUGUGUCCUCAUGGAGUGGGGACAUUGACUACCUCUGGGGCCCAGGAAAGCAGUUUCACCAGUGAGAAAUGCCCAGGGAAUCAGAGACUACUAAAGCUGGGAGCAGAGAUGUCUGGGGCCAAGGUCUUAACCCUGGAGCACAAGUCCAGAGGGUGGAUUCCUGGUAUUGUCGAGCAUGGAGUGGGCCUGCUGAGGGGUCUAUGCAACUAGGUGCUUUGCUGGAAGAGUAGAUGCUUAGCUAUGGGUGGUGCAAUCAACUACUAACCUAAAGGUCGGCAGUUCAACCCACCCAGCUGCUCCACAGAAGAAGGGUCUGGAGAUCUGCUUCCAUAAAGAUUACAGCCAAGAAAACCCUGUGGAGUAGUUCUACUCUAUAACAGAGGGAAUGGCCAUGGGUUUGUUUGAUUGUUUGGAUGUUUCCUAACAAGCUCCCACGGGAGGGAAGAGGCAGCAGUGAGGAAGUGAAAAUUACCUUCUUAUCUCAGUCUUGGCAUCAGUACCUACAGUUCCAACCUUUCACUUUCUUUAUGCAAAUAAAUUAUUUAAAAAAGAAGAGACAAAAAUCCGGCCUCAUGAAAUGGAGUCCUAGAGAGCUGAUUUGUUCCCCAGCCCACUUCUGAGCCAACCUGAGCUUUUCUGUGUAUCCUUUCCUGCCUGGACUUUGCUCACCAGUUUCUCCCUAUGCUUCUUCCUAAGGAAGGGCCAAGGGGGAGGGAAAACAAAGGAGAAUAGUGAGGUCCCAAGGGAGCUGAGAAACAACAUUCUAAAAGUGCUCUUAGUCUGGCCUUGGGUAGGCAUCUUUUGGGGUGUCUGCCCAUCUUUGACCCUCUUUGAGGGAGAAAGAGGUUUGGAGCUUGUAUUGGGUUGAAUAAUGGCCGCCAAAGACACUCAGACCCUAAUCCAGUGGAACCUGUGGAUGUUACUGUCAUGGAUUGAAUUGUGCCUCCCAAAAAUAAGUGUCAGCUUUGUUAGGCCAGGAUUCCCAGUAUUGUGUGGUUGUCCUCCAUUUUGUGAUUGUAAUUUUAUGUUAAAGAGGAUUAGGGUGGGAUUGUAACACCACCCUUAUUCAGGUCACCUCCCUGAUCCUGUGUAAAGGGAGUUUCCCUGGGGUGUGGGCCGCACAAAGGGAGUUUCCCUGGGGUGUGGGCCGCACCAACUUCUCUCUCUCAAGAGAUAAAAGGAAAGGGAAGCAAGCAGAGAGUUGGGGACCUCAUACCACCAAGAAAGCAGCACCAGGAGCAGAGCAUGUCCUUCGGACCUGGGGUCUCUGAGUCUGAGAAGCUCCUCAACCAGGGGAAGAUUGAAGACGAGGACCUUCCUCCAGAGCUGACAGAGAGAGAAACCGUCCCCCUGGAGCCAACGCCCUGAAUUUGGACUUGUAACCUACUAGACUGUGAGAAAAUAUAUUUCUCUUUGUAAAAGCCAUCCACUUGUGGUAUUUCUGUUAUGGCAGUAUUAGAUGACUAAGACAGUUACCUCCCAUGGUAAAGGUUUUGCAGGUGCAAUUAAAUUAAGAGAGAGAGAGGGAGAUUUCUCUCACACGCACACGCAGGAAAAGGCAGUGUGACCACAGAGCCAGAGACUUGGAGUCAUGCAGCUACAAGUCAAGGAACGCAGACAGCCUCCAGGAGCUGGGAAAGGCAAGGAACAGAUUCUCCCCUACAGCCUCCAGGGGGUGUGCAGCCCUGCCAGCACCUUGUUUUCAGCCCAGUGACACUGAUUUUGGGUUUCUGGCCUUCAGAGCUGUAAGAAAAUGAACUUCUGUUGUUUUAAGCCACCAAUUUUGUGGUCAUUUUUUAUAGUGACUGUAGGAAAGUAAUACUGGAUUCGAUCUUCAACUCAUUAGACACUAGGGCCCUUUGUACCUGCAUGCUGUGGUGACUUUCCCUAGAGGGUGGGAGUGCUGUGGGAAUAGCAGUUGGGGACCCCGACUGUUUUGUAUGUGUGGAAAUGAUCACAUGGAAAAUUAUUCAUAUGAUUCAGAGAAUAUAUGAUACAUAACUCGCCUUCCAUGCAGGAGACGCCGCUUCGAUUCCUGGCCAGUAUCCCCCAUGUUCAGCCACCACCCGUGUGUCAGUGGAGGUUUGCGUGUGGCUGUGAUGCUGAACAGGUUUCACUGGAGCUUCCAGACUAAGGUGCACUGGAAAGGCUUGGCCACCUGCUUUGGGAAAUCAGCCCAUGAAAACCCUAUGGAUCACAACAGUCCAAUCCUGUUGUGCAAGGGGUUACCAUGAAUCGAGAGCCAAUUUGAGCGCAGCUAAGAACAACAAUGUGAUAUGCAAAACAUAGUGUAUAGGUUCACCUCUGUCUAAAAUGAAGGCAGAGAGAAUGUUAGCUGGAAAUGUGAACCAUAGACUGGAGGCCUGAGAUGGUGCCUAGAAAGGUGAGGAAAUUACCUAUAAUAUUAAGUUAAAUUCCACCAGGUGCUCUCAUUCCCGUUGCUCAUUGGUACAGACCUAUCAGUGGUGUCACUUUAGUUGGUGUCACCCAGCACAGUCACUCAUGGUAUCACUCCUCCUCCCUUGGACCUCCUCCCGAACCAGACCAUACAAAAUCCUUAGUGAUGUUUUUUGUACUAAUGUUACUAGUUUUAAUCAUAGAAUAAUGUGUGAUAAAUAUGGUUGUACAUUGUUCAAAUGUAAUAUUUCUUAGGUUAUAUGAAUACGAACAACAAAAUUAUUUUGUAAAAUCUUUCUGCGUUGAAUUAUGACGUUAUUAGUUAUAGCAUUAUCAGCAACUCCAAAAAAUUAUUGAUAUAGGUUCACAAAUACUAAUUACCAUCAUAUCGUAGCUAAAACACCAGAAAAUUGGACACAAUCAGCGAUUAUAAAAACACCGGCAACAGCAAUAAAAAAAACAGUGCUUGCUUGUAGCAGGUGCAGAAAAAACCACACGACUCGAAGCGUCAUUGUAAUUGGGUUAUGAUGACAGCUCUGACUAGAGGGCAUUAAAAAAAAAAAGUAAAUUAGCAUAGAUUUUUAGCCUUGUAGGUAUAUUGAUAAGAUUAAGCUGGGCUUAUGAAAAAUGUUUUUGUUGUUAUAACUAACUACAGGGAUAUUUUUUAAAAAUUAGUAAAUUUCGGCUGAAACCCUGCAUGAAAAUUUCGUAGACCAUCAUUUUAGUGUCACUGCCUGACAGUGUCACCUGAUGCAGUCCACAUCCCACUAGUGAUGCCACUGAGGUCUAUCCUUAUCCUCAGAACUCUGUCUUCUGACUAUCCCCCCCCCCCAAAAAAAAAAAAGCCAAAAA